UUCCUUGUUCGCAACGCUCCCGGAAAGUUCGUGGUUGAUCAAACUAGCUAACUGUCUAGCUAGCACCUGUGGGUCGUUUGCUUUGAUUUUUUUUUGUUUUUAUAGUCCCUACAACCGGUAAUCCUUCUCAGGCGGCCACUCGCGUUCAAUCGUUGAGCCCCCAGCAUGUCUCUGCCGAGGCGGGAGGUGGAGGAGCUGCGCCCGUGGGUGGAGCGCACGGUGAAGAAGGUGCUGGGCUUCUCCGAGCCCACCGUCGUCACGGCAGCGCUGCACUGUGUGGGCAAGGGCCUGGACAAGAGGAAGACCACAGACCAACUCCGACCGUUCUUGGAUGAGUCGGCGGGGGGCUUUGUGGAGAGGCUCUUCGAGGCGCUGGAGGAGAGCCGUAGCUCCCGUGGCAACAAGACCGGAGGGGAGAAGCAGCGGAAGAGAGACCUGAAGGAUGUGUUCGGGGACGACACGGAGGCGGGUCGAGACCCACCCGCUGGUGCCGAAGGGGCGGUGAAAAGGAAACGUGUGCCUCGCUUUGAGGAAGUGGAGGAACCAGAAGUGCUGCCAGGACCCCCGCCAGAGAGCCCAGGCAUGCUCACGAAGAUGCAGAUUAAACAGAUGAUGGAAGCGGCGACCAGACAGAUUGAGGAGAGGAAGAAGCAGCUGAGCUUUGUGGCACCUGUGCCUGCCCCCCCGAGGCUGCCCAGCCUGACCACCCCACAGGUGGACCCAGCUGCACACCUGCUGCCCUCCGCGCCACCACCCCAGGCCACCUCCCAGUCCAUCCCGCCCUCCCAGGCCGCCACCUUCAUGAACGACGCCAUCGAGAAGGCCCGCAAGGCGGCCGAGCUGCAGGCCCGCAUCCAGUCCCAGCUGGCCCUCAAGCCCGGCAUCCUCGGGGCGCUGGGCACGGGCUCGCACAACCUGGUGGCCCUCGCCAACCUGCACGCCAUGGGCAUCGCCCCCCCGAAAGUGGAAGCCCGGGAGGUGACAAAGCCGACCCCCCUGAUCCUCGACGAACUCGGGCGCACCGUCGAUGCCAGCGGCAAGGAGGUCGAGCUCACACACCGCAUGCCCACUCUGAAAGCCAACAUCAGGGCGGUGAAGCGUGAGCAGUUCCGGCAGCAGCUGAAGGAGCGCCCGGGCGACGACCUGGAGUCCACUUCCUACUUCGACACCCGCGUCGCCGCGGCGCCCGCCCAGCGCCCCCGCAGGGGCUUCAAGUUCCACGAGCAGGGCCGCUUCGAGAAGAUCGCCCAGCGCAUCCGCACCAAGGCCCAGCUGGAGAAGCUGCAGAUGGAGAUCGCCCAGGCGGCUAAGAAGACGGGAAUCCAGGCCUCCACCAAGCUGGCCCUGAUCGCCCCCAAGAAGGAGCUGGGGGAGGGCGAGGUGCCCACCAUCGAGUGGUGGGACUCCUACAUCGUGCCCUCCAACAUGGAGCUCACCUCUACCACAGUGCUUGACGAAAUGGAAUUAUUUGGCGUCACAAACCUAGUGGAACACCCUUCCCAAAUCAGUCCUCCAGUGGACACAGAUAAGCCGGUGACUUUAGGGGUGUACCUGACCAAGAAGGAACAGAAGAAGCUGAGGCGGCAGAUGCGGCGGGAGGGGCAGAAGGAGGUGCAGGAGAAAGUCAGACUGGGGCUCAUGCCCCCUCCAGAACCCAAAGUGCGUAUAUCCAAUCUGAUGCGGGUGUUGGGUACCGAGGCUGUACAAGACCCAACGAAGGUGGAGGCCCAUGUCCGAGCACAGAUGGCCAAGAGACAAAAGGCACACGAGGAGGCGAACGCCGCCCGCAAGCUCACAGCCGAGCAGAGGAAAGAGAAGAAGGUGAAGAAGCUGAAGGAGGACCUGAGUCAGGGGGUUCACAUCGCAGUGUACAGAAUCAGAAACCUGACAAGCCCAGCUAAGAAGUUCAAGGUGGAGGCGAACGCUGGCCAGCUGUAUCUGACAGGAACAGUGGUCCUCCACAAGGAUGUCAACAUUGUGGUGGUUGAGGGAGGUCCCAAAGCUCAGAAGAAGUUCAAGCGGCUGAUGCUCAGCAGAAUCAAAUGGGAUGAACAAACCAACUCCAAAAGAGAUGACGCUGAGGGUUCAGACGAGGAAGGAGUAAAGAAGAAGAACAAGUGCUCUCUGGUCUGGGAGGGCACGGCAAAGGAGCGCAGUUUCGGGGAGGUGAAGUUCAAGCAGUGUCCCACGGAGAACAUGGCCAGAGAGCAUUUCAAGAAGCACGGCACAGAGCACUACUGGGACCUGGCCCUGAGCCAGAGCGUGCUGGAGUCCAGCGACGACUGAGAGGGGCUAAAGGGCAGCCUGUGGGCAGGCCGAACCAGCGGCUGUCUCUGUGUCCGAGUGUUUGAGCAGUCUGAAAUGUUGUGGACUGUGUGUUUGUGUUUCAGGGUUUUGGAAGGGGUGGGUAUGCCUCUAGUGCACUGGAAUCCAGUGACAUCUUCAAGGGCAAUGAAAGAGUCUAGUUAAACAUUUGAUACGUUUCUGAUGUCUGUCUGACAACGGCUGUGUCUCCUGAGCGUGUAAACCUGCGUAAGAAUGGGUUUGUAUGACAGUAGAUCAGUCAGCGGCACACGUGUGAAUCUCUGGCAGUGUGGGUGUAUCAACCUACCAGUUUGUCAGAGUAUUGUGUGCUGGACUGUGAUCCUGCCUGUAAGUGUUACACUGCUGCUCUCAGCUCUACUAUUGAUCCACCUUGGCUGUAGUUUCUGGGUUUAGCCACACAGUGGCGCCACUUCCUUUAAAUGCUGUGCUAUAGGCAAGAAGUCUUUGCAAGUACUAUAUCUAAAUUUUGCUCCCAGCCUCAUUGUACAUUAUAGAAUUUGAACAUGUUUCUUUUACUCAUGCUGUACUGUACUGGCAAGAAAUAAUCAAUCCAUCAGUGUGAAGAUGAAUGCUGACAGAAACAAAAUGACCUUUUUUGUGGCUGCUCUCGGAACUUUUCAUUGAUUGCCUAAUUUUCUUUCAUUUUGAAACCUCAGUCAAAUUGAAGAUGUUUGCUAAAUUGAUAAGUAUUUUGCCAAUGUCAGAUAUACACCACUUAAUUGAGGAGUGUGGGGAGUGGGGAUGUAAAAGAUGGAUUGUCCUUUUUUUUUUUUUUAAACUGACUCAUUGUUUCAGUUUCAGUGAUAUUGACUAAGAUUAGGACAUGCUGGCACACUGAUGGUAACCAUUGUAAAUGUGUACAUAUUGCGAGGAAAACACACG